GGGUGAGGCUGCGGCCUAGCCAAGAUGGCGGCGUAUUUGACCCACCAGCAGAAAGUGCUGCGGCUCUACAAGCGAGCGCUGCGGCACCUCGAGUCCUGGUGCAUCUUCCGGGACAGGUACCGCUACUUUGCCUGCCUGAUGAGAGCACGCUUUGAUGAGCACAAGAAUGAAAAGGAUAUGGUGAAAGCAACCAAGCUGCUAAUGGCAGCAGAGCAAGAAUUUUGGCAGAACCAGCAUCCUCAGCCAUACAUCUUUCCUGAUGCUCCAGAAGGCACCUCUUAUGAGAGAUAUGACUGCUACAAGGUACCCGAGUGGGUCCUAGAUUAUUGGCAUCCUUCAGAGAAGGCGAUGUACCCGGAUUACUUUGCCAAGAGAGAGCAAUGGAAGAAGCUGCGAAUGGAAAGCUGGGAGAAAGAGCUCCAGCAGCUUCAAGAAGAAACCCCGCCAGACGGCCCUCUGACUGAAGCCCUGCCUCCAGCUCGCAAGCCGGGGCACCUGCCUCCUCUGUGGUGGAGCUACGUCACUGCGCCCCGCGAGCGCCCUGUGUAA